UUUUAUUUUGUCUGCCAUGGAGAAUUUUGUUAUAAGAGUGAGCAGAACAAGUGAAUUACUUGCAGAAGAGAAGACCAGUCUUAUCGCUCUUUCAUCACAAGGGUUCCGAUGGAUACCGCCAACAGUCAACUAAACCAUAACCUUAACAUGCCCCUAAUCCAAGACCAAACACUACGCUGUCAUGAACCCACCCAAAAUCCUCAGACAGGUUCUCCAAAUGUUUAUGCCACCACAUCUUUCCUCGGCACUUGUCUCAAUGGACUCAAUGCUAUGUCAGGUGUUGGCAUACUCUCGGUUCCUUAUGCUCUUGCAACAGGAGGCUGGUUAAGCUUGGUUCUUCUGUUUUCUAUUGCCGCUGCUGCAUUUUACACGGGCCUUCUGAUUAAAAGAUGCAUGGAUAAGGACUCAAACAUCAGAACCUACCCUGAUAUAGGUGAACUCGCAUUUGGAAAGACAGGAAGACUGAUAGUGUCAAUAUCCAUGUACACGGAACUAUAUCUGGUUUCAAUAGGAUUCUUGAUUCUAGAAGGUGAUAACUUGAGUAACAUAUUCCCCAUUGGAGAGGUUCACAUAGCAGGCUUAGCAAUUGGUGGGAAGCAAUUAUUUGUGAUUAUGGUUGCCCUUAUCAUCUUGCCCACGGUUUGGUUGGACAACUUGAGUCUACUCUCUUAUGUAUCUGCAAGUGGAGUCUUUGCUUCUGUUCUCAUCAUCCUUUCAAUAACAUGGACUGCAACAUUUGAUGGAGUUGGUUUUCAUCAUAAAGGAACUCUUGUCCGUUGGAAUGGUCUCCCCACAGCUGUUAGCUUGUAUGCCUUCUGUUAUUGCGCUCAUCCUGUCUUUCCCACACUGUACAAUUCGAUGACAAACAAACAUCAGUUCUCUAACGUCCUACUUGUUUGUUUUCUCCUAACCACCGUGGGUUAUGCAUCCAUGGCUAUAGUGGGUUAUUUAAUGUUUGGUGACGGGGCUGAAUCUCAAGUAACAUUGAACCUGCCUCUGGACAAACUCAGCUCAAAAUUAGCAAUAUACACAACCUUGGUGAAUCCCAUAUCCAAGUUUGCUUUGAUGGCAACACCUAUUACGAAUGCUUUGAAAGAUUUGCUUCCAAAGACGUACAAGAAUAGGGUGACGAGUAUCUUACUGAGCACAGUGUUGGUAUUGAGCACCACCGUUGUUGCCCUUGCUGUCCCUUUCUUUGGGUCUCUCAUGUCGCUGGUUGGAGCCUUUCUGAGUGUCACAGCUUCUAUUCUGCUUCCGUGCUUGUGCUACUUGAAGAUUUCGGGCACUUACAGGAAAUUUGGGUGUGAGACGGUAGCCAUAGUGAUAAUAAUAAUGACAGCUAUUGUAAUGGCAAUAUCAGGGACCUACAUCUCUCUCAUGGAAAUAGCUCACAAUUUAUAAAGGACAAUGCAGUGGUCCACUCUCUUCACUAUAAAUUACCAAAAAGUAAAAUAGUAUUUUUUUUUUCAUGUGGAUUGCAUUUGCAUUAAAGAGUUAAAAGACAGAUUAAAGAUGAAAAAGUGGUUGGUUAAUACUUUUUUUUUUUAUAAUCAAAAC